GAAUCAAUUUGGACCAUAGAAAACAGACUCAGGGGAUAAGACAAAGAAGAUACCCUUCUUCUAGAUCGUCUGAAUCUAGCUAUAUAUGUCUGAAUUGUUUGUAUAGCUUUGAGCUUUUAGAUACCCAUUCUUUCUCUUUAUAAAGGAAGAUGAUUGGAGCUAUUAUGUCUGCAAAUUUGAGGUCAUACCCAUGUCUUGGCUUAUCUGCAGAAACCAAACGUAGCUUGAGAACGAGGAAGAAGAAUGUAGUGGGCAUGAAGUUAACGAAUUUGAAUUCAUAUUCAUGUCUGAAUAGUUCUUUCUUGGAUGAUGAAUGGUAUGCAAGAAUCGUUUGUUUAUCUUUCAGGAAACAACAACAGCAAAAGAUCAGAAAGUUUAUCGUCAAUGAGCUUGGUGGGCAGUACGAAGAGGUCUUCAACGACGUUAAAUUGGAAUUACGCAACUGGUUCACCGCGAAAGCAGUUAGAACUGUUCUUUAUCAACUCUAUGAGAUGAAUCCACCUCAGUAUAUGUGGCUACAUAAUUUCAUUGCUGAAAAUGAUCCUGCAGACGGGAAACUAUUUCUCCGGACUCUUGCAAAGGAAUCUCAAGAUAUUGCUGAACGGGUCAUGAUAACGCGACUUCACCUGUACGGAAAAUGGAUUAAGCAAUGCGAUCAUGCUGAAAUCUACAAGGAAAUUUCGGAUGAAAACUUGGAAUUGAUGCGGGAAAGGCUCUUGGAAACCAUUGUGUGGCCUACGGAUGACAAAAUUACAGAGUAAACGAAUGACUUAUAUCGGCUCGGUUCAUUCUAUUUACUGCUACUGUUCUAGAAAAGCGUUUACAAAGGUUUUAGAUUAGAAACUUCUUAUAACUGAUUUUAAAACAAGUGUUCAAAAACAUUUUAAUCCAAGGAGGAAUAAAAAUCCUCUUGUGGUCA